UUUCUUCUUGUUUACAAACGCUGACACCUGUACACAGAACUUUGCUCGACCGCCUACAUAAAGUCAACAUGCCAAUCUUAGCUUUUUUACGGGGGAUGAGUAACUUCUAGGCAGAGAAACUAUGAAGCCAGGAAUUCGGAGUUUGUUGUUUUUGUUUGUCCUUGACUGGAUCCUGCAUGGUGAAAGUCGAAUCGUCCCUCAGGAGAGUUUUGAUCUGGACCAAUUCAUGGGGAAGUGGUACGAGGUGGCGGUUGUUUCUGACUGUCCUCAUUAUAUGCAAAAGAAGAAGGGAAACCCCAUCAUUGUCAUUUUGGACCUGAAAGCCUCUCAGCAGGGGAACGUCACUGUGCUGGCCACAGUUCCCAGGAAUGGCUCAUGUCAUCAGACGUCCACUCAGUAUGCUUCAACUGACACCGCAGGACAAUUUUUCUACCACGUCCCAAGGCUUGGCGUGGAUGUUGACGCCUACGUAGUCCGGACCGACUAUGACCAGUAUGCCAUGUUGGGGCUGCUGAGCACGGAGAUAGCAUCACAGAACAAGACCACCAUCUUCAAACUUUACAAUCGAUCUUUGGAUGUUAGGCAAGCCGUGCUGGACGACUUCCAGACGCUGGUCCCAACAUAUGGAAUGACGGAUGACAUCAUUGUUAAUGAGAACAAAGGGUCUAAUACAUGUUUGUGAAACUUGACCCACGACUCGACUCUGUUGUCUUGAGCCCGUCAGUAACUAAAAUGAUCAAGGUGAAUUUCUAAAGCAAAAAGUAACAAGCACCACACAUCAGUUAUUCAUUAAUCCCUCAAAUAAUCACAUAUUGAUUUUGCCAAAAUUCUGAAGUCCGUCAGUGGACAAGUGGCAGAACUUUGCUCUUUCACUUGUUUGCAUUGUCUGCCGAGGCACACAUAUAACACAGGGUCAAUGCUCCUCACAUGAACCAGAGCAUCGAAAGACUGUGAUCAUGCAGAAAGCUGUGUUUCUAGUUUUUACGCUAAUCCUGGGAUGGACCUGCAGCAGCCAGGCUCUGGUUCUUCCAGAACCUCUGUAUCCUACGCAGGAGAACUUUGACCUAACCAGGUUUUUAGGGACUUGGCAUGAUAUCGCUGUGGCCAAGACAUGCCUUCCUGAUUGCCCCGCGAAGGACUCUGCAAUCGGCAAGCUGGUGCUGCAGAAAGGUUCCGCUGAGGAUGAACUGCAAAUGACCAGAACAGUACUCAAAAACGGGACCUGUAAGCACAAAAGUGGAGUCUAUAAUCUAACUCUAACACCAGGACGUUUUCGUUUUGCAAAAUCGGACGCCGAAGUGGACGCCUACGUGGUGCACACUAACUACGAGGAAUACGCCCUCAUGGUAAUGAUGAAGGAGAGAUCAUCGGGCCAGAACUGCACCACAGUGAAGCUUUACAGUAGGACCAUGGACGUGAGGGCCACGGUGCUGGAUGACUUUCGAACGCUGGUCGAAGAACAAGAGAUCAGCAGCGACAACGUUGUCUUUAAACAGAACAAAGGUGACUGUGUUCCUGGUGAGCAGGUGGAAGAACCAAUUGUGGUCGAGAAGGUGAAGAGGGACGUAGAACUGGACGAAAUGGAAUUUGACGGUUCUGGUGACGACACCCUCAUGUUCAACGGAUCAGAGGGUCAGAUCUUUGUCAUCCCCUCAGAGGCGUGCAGUCUAGGAAUGGAGGCGGGGCCUUGUUUUGGUAUACACCAGCGCUACUUCUACAACUCCAGCGCCAUGAGCUGUCAGAUGUUCAACUAUGGAGGUUGUCUGGGCAACAAGAACAACUUCAAGAGCGAGAGGGAGUGUCUGCAGAGGUGCCGCACUGAAGCGGUGUGUCGUCUCCCCCUGACCGCCGUGCCGUGCUCGGGUGAGCCCCUCAACUGGUCUUUUGAUUCCAUGCUGGGCGAGUGUCUGCCUUACAAAGCAGGCUUCUGCCAGACCAACGGCAACAAGUUCUACAGCAAGGCCGAGUGUGAUGAGUACUGCGGCGUAAAAACUGCAAUAGUCUUGGAAGACUAAGGGGAACAUCCAAAGCUUUUUGACAGUCAAAAUUCCAAACACCGACUGCAAUUUAUUUGUAGGGGAAAUGUCUUUGGAUAUUAUGCCAGAACACUUUGCAAAUAAAGAAAUGAAAUGUGAAAA